UUUCCCAGAGCCUCACCCCCUCUUUUUCUAACCUUUGUCUCUGCAGAGGUGGGCUCCGGCAGCCGGCUGCGGGCUUGCGGGGGCGCCGGCCUCGGCUCCCGCCCGCCGCCCCACCGCCCGCGGACAGGCUCGGUGCGGGCAGCCGCGGUCCGGCGCGGCUCCUUCUGCACCAUGAGCGGGUGCCCGCCGCCGGGAGGGCGCGCAGCCCGGCAGCGCCUAGUGGAUUACAGCAGCCGCCCGGGCCGACCGCCGCCUCCAGCUCGGCAGCCUCCGGUUAAGAGCAUACAAGUGCAGAUGCUUGGAUCCUGGAGCAGCGAUAGGAAAGUGAGAGGCUCCAGCCAGCACCCGGCUCAGAAGGAGACAGUUCUACUCCCAGCUCCCCUGCCCACUAGGAAAGCAAACCAGUUCGGACGGAGACAGAGCGCCGCUCGUGCCGGCCUCAGACCAGGGCGGCUUGGUGCCUGGGAGCAGCGCCUGCCUCAGGGUCUGCAGUAGAAGCUGCGGGGACACGGAGAGGCCAGCCGGGCUGAGGGCCCAGGAAGGAAGAUCGACUGUCCCUGGUGACAUCCCGCAGCUUUUUCCUUCAGAAGCUCCUCACCUUUAAAUAGAGGCUUCAGUGGGUGCUGCUCCUGCAAAAAGAAACCCUAACUGGUUGCGUGAAUUCUGGGCCAAAAGGGUUAGGUUUGGGGGUGCUGGGGAGUGAAGCAAAUGACCCCUCAGUUCCAGCUACAGCUCUGCCCUCCCCAGGGUAUGAGAUAUAAAUAUACCCAAAUGGGGACUAACUGGGUUUUGGGAACCUUGUGGGAGGGCAAAAGCAAGUUGAAAAAAAGGGCCAGUAGGUACCUUUGGAGGACAUUUAGGUAAGAUGAGGGUCCCCUCACCACCUUCUGGGCCUAACCCUCAGCUGCAAGAACUUGGGCAUCUGUGGUUGCUGCCACAUCAGCAAGGCCCAGCUUUGGCUAGCAACCCCCUGACCUGGGUACCUGGAGAAAAGCCUGGUGGUUACUCAUUGCCUAACUUAAUUCAGGCCGGCCAGAUUCUGGUAACUUUCGGGUGACCCUGAUGAGGACAAAGCCGGACUCAGUCUUUGUAUGGCAGAGUCCCCGCUCCGUCGCUGGGCAGACAAAGUGCCCAACUCAGAGGCCACCUCAUCUACCCACCUUUUGUGGCCUUGUACCCAAUAAAAGAAUUCAUUCUCCCUUGCACCGUGCCCACCUUGAAGGGGUGCUUUCAUCGAGGUGAGUGGAGAGGGCAGGAGAGGUUAACAAAAGUCAGAGGAGACAAAAGCUGAGACUACCUGCUGAAAAUAGGGGUGACGGAGAUUGGAACUACAUUAACACCUGGCAGGGGCCCGCAAAUGUGGUAUGGCAAGUCAUUUGAUUACACGUACGUUAUUUAGUUAAAUUUGUGAAAAUUAUGAGAUGCUCACCAAACCGGUGAUAAACUCGCUCCCUCCCCAUUGGCUGGCCUGGUCACAUGGCCGCCCAACUUUAUUCAGUUGACAGCAAGUAGGAGGGCCCUAUGGAAGGAGAAAAAAAGACAACACGAGAAAAAUUAGUAUUUUCUACCUUCUGAAAUUAAUGGCCAUGAGUUCGUAUAUGGUGAACUCUAAGUAUGUGGACCCCAAGUUUCCUCCGUGCGAGGAAUAUUUGCAGGGCGGCUACCUAGGCGAGCAGGGCGCCGACUACUACGGCGGCGGCGCACAGGGCGCCGACUUCCAGCCCCCGGGGCUCUACCCGCGGCCCGACUUCGGGGAGCAGCCUUUCGGAGGCGGCGGGCCCGGGCCCGGCGCAGCACUGCCCGCACGGGGCCCCGGACAGGAGGCGAGCGGCCCCGGCGGGCACUACGGCACCCCGGGAGAGCCGUGUCCGGCGCCCCCGCCUGCGCCCCUGCCAGGCGCCCGGGCCUGCAGCCAGCCUGGCGGCCCCAAGCAGCCGCCCCCCGGAACAGCGCUCAAACAGCCGGCCGUGGUCUACCCCUGGAUGAAGAAGGUGCACGUGAACUCGGUGAACCCCAACUACACCGGCGGGGAGCCCAAGCGUUCCCGGACAGCCUACACUCGGCAGCAAGUCCUAGAACUGGAAAAGGAAUUUCAUUUUAACAGGUAUCUGACGCGGCGCCGUCGGAUAGAAAUCGCUCACACUCUAUGUCUGUCUGAGCGCCAGAUCAAGAUCUGGUUCCAGAACCGGAGGAUGAAGUGGAAAAAAGACCACAAGCUGCCCAAUACUAAAGGCAGGUCAUCAUCGUCAUCUUCCUCCUCCUCCUGCUCCUCUUCAGCCGCCCCUGGCCAGCAUUUGCAGCCGAUGACCAAGGACCACCACAUGGACCUGACGACCUUAUAGAAGUGGGGACCCUGGGCCCAUCCCUCCCUGCGCUCCAGGCUGAGCCGAAGCUGCGGGGGCAGGCCGGGCCUGCUGUGACCUCGCUGGGC